CCAGCGAUAAGCUCGGGCAGCACUGUGGCUGUGACCCUGGCUUUAUCUGUAGGAACCAUCCCUUUUGGUCUCGUGAUCAUUUUCGUGUUAGCUUUCUAGGUUUUAUUCCAGUCUGUGGGACAGAAGCUAAAUGAUUAUGUCGUAAAAUCAAAGCACAUUUUGGAGGUCAAGGUUGAUUGUAUUUACAAACAGCCGUGCUUAGGUUGACAGUACACCUAAGGAAUGAGCCCUGAAUAUCUCCUUCAGAUUAUCUUGUGGAUUAAUCUGCGUUCAGAGAAAAGAUAUAUUCGAGGGGUAACCGGCAUUUUGAAUUAAUGGAGCCAGCUUUUCCAAAACCAACUUGGCCAAGAAACGGGAGCAGAUGAAGACGAUGAAGAUGCCCGAGCUGUCAGAGCAUGUAGAAUCAGACGCCAAAGAGAAGACAACACUCAGCGCCGCCCCUCCGGCGGCAUCGGGAGAAACCGUCUCCGCUGACUUCGAUACGUCCGAAAGUCCCUUCACUUCACAAGAUGGCGACCUAUUCCCCGUCAUGAACAGCGGGAACGUCUUAACACCCCCCAUACCCUCCGACGACCCCGUGACCCCUAGCAUCCCAGACUCUUUUCUCAAGCAGCUCGGUCUUUCAACCGGCGACGUGGAUAUGAAUGACAGCAGCAUUGACCAGCUUCCAGAUAAGGAACUGGAGAGUAGAUUCAACAGUCUCUCGCUGGCUUUCAAGACAGACCGUCUAACCUUGGAUAAAAGACUAGGCAUCCAGGAACGGUCUCGAGACUUGACAGAGGAAAAUAUUGACAAAGAGCUUCGAGGACUGAGGGAGGCAGUUGAAACUCUGAAUCAGCUGUGUAAUGAUGAGCAGGUCAAAACCGUCAUCUUUAAAAUCCAGCAUCACCUAAACAUUUUGGAAGCCUCUGUAGCAAGGCUUUCUGGUCGAGCUGAAGUCUUUGGGGCUGUGCAGCAGGAAAAGAGGAUGUCCAGAGCUAUGGAAGUGAUGAUCAUUCAUACAGAAAAUAUCAGACGACUGAGGGGAAAAGAACAAUCAGAAGUGGAGGAAGCAAGGCGAAUCUUGAGUGAGAAAUCUCAGACCACCACAGCUAUUGGCCUAGACAUCGGAGGUUUAAGUGACAGGAGAUCAGCUUCAGUCUCUGCUGCAUUGAACAAUCCCAGACUGACCCAGCGUGCUAGAUCCCACUCCCCUUCCCCCAGUCCUAACUCUCUGACCCAGAGCUCAGAAAAAUUGGAUGCGAACACAAGCUCUGAUGCUCGGCGUAGGAGUGAAGUGGUAUUGCCACGAUGUUUUGGGGGAAUCGGUAGCCCACCUCUAACAGCAAGUUCCUCAAUGGACUCAGCAGGUGUGUUUGGGGACUUCUUGCACCACAGCACUUUCUCCACUUCUAGACAGGCAGGGUUUGAGAAUGGCGAGGAACCACGACAACGUUUUCAGUCAGCCACUGCCAAUGUCACUGUUCGCAAUGUUGUCUCAAAUUCUUUUCGUCGUGCAUCGCUGGAAAGGCAAAAGAGGCUUUCUCAGAACUCUUCUACAAGUUCACAGUUAUCAAGAGGCAAUUCCAGUGAUCAGUCAGUUGAUAAAGACCAGCCAAAUAAAAUCAGUAAACAACAUUCACAAGAAGAGGAGGCCUAUCGACAGGGCUAUGAAGAGGGCUUGAAGGCCAGCUUGGGGCGUGAAAUAGGAGAGUUGCGCAAUCAGCAAACUACAAUCAGCAGCAGCUUGGAGCAGAUCAUGGACCGUGUGGACAACAUGCAGCAGGAGGACCAUCAGGAUGAGCUCAGAGAAGAAACCAUGGCCAAGGUAAAGGAUGCAUUAGGCCGCUUACGAGUGUGGAUGUCCAACCCAAACUGGUCAUCUACAAGCCUUACGUUACGUCAUCUUGUGUCAGGACUUGUAUUUUUCUUGGCCAUGCUGGUUGUCAUCUUCACAUUUGCUCCUCUCAUCCCUUCCAAUAUUACUGUGCGUAGUCAUGGGCAGCCUGCUCAGUGACAACUGACAAACAUUAGUUAUUUAAAUAUGAAAUAUCAUAUUUUCAAAUAAUGCUUCAUCUGUGAAAGAAUAUUACAUUUUAGGUUUAGUAGAAAGCUUGUAUUACAUGAGGUGACUGUUUAAGUAGGCACAGCAGGUAAAGACACCAUCUGAAAGUCUUUACCAGACCAGUUCCAGCAAAUUAUAGCUGUUGCAAAAAUAACCCUUACCAGUGAUGAAUGUGAUGACUCUGGUCAUGCAAUAAAAGCAAUUAUUGUGAUGUUAAUUGCACCUUCAGUCUGUCUCCCAGAUGUAGGUGUCAAUUUUUGGAAAAGUACCGUAUAUCUUUGAGGUGACUAAAUGUGAGGAGGUCUACAUGGACAACAGUUCAAAACCUCCUAUUGUGCCUAUUCAUAAUGAAGAUCUUGACUGGUAUAGCUGACAGAAAAUGCUUGCAAACAUUUUAUCAAAGAGAAGACUAGGAGAUAAGACUUCAAGUUAGAAUUUUUCUAGUAUCCUUUAACUGGUACUGGUUGACACCGUUAGGAUAAGCUGAGUUAAAUGAGAUGUGCUUUAGAAAAUGAAGCUGUCCUAAACUCUACGCCCACAGAAGAUUGUGUACAUUUUUAAGUCCAUAACAUGGCAAAAUCUUUAACUCUAUACAAGUUUGUACCACCUAACCCUGGAAUUAAUUGGGUAAAAUGCUUGCAAACUCCAGAACAUAGUAAUUGAAAAGAGUGUGGUAUUUAUUUUUUAUGAACAUUUUUAUGAGGUGAUAUAUUAUGUGCAUGGAAAUUUUUGGAUUUCAGCAUAAUUUUUCUUGAGCCUGUGAAGUAAUACUUACAGUAUGUUUUAGAUGAAGCUUGGGUUUAGAUUUAGACAUUGAAAGAAAAUAAAGAAAUGUCAACUGACACAUAAACCUACGUGUUACUUGUACUAUGCUAUGAUCCUUUGUAAAUUAUAAUGACUGCACAAGAUUUUUCUAAAAAUUGAUAUCAGUAUCAGAAAUAGUUUUACCUGAUUUGAGCUGAUUUGUGAUGGAGCCUUUUAAAAAAAAUCCUAGCGGAAUCUUAAAUCACUUAACAAUCUUUUGCAUGGAUCACUGAACUGGUCAUAUCAAGACCACAUCUGGAGUAGGCAGUCAUGGUCCAUUUUUAGCUGACAAGUAUUCUUUUUUAUUUUGAUGUUCUGUUUACAAAGUUUUACUACAGUAGUCCUGUGUCUUCUUGCACCACAUAAACACAUGUGCAAUUUUCUGAAGAUCAUUCAACAAAAUGUGGAAGUUGCUAGAAAUGGGAAAAGUGGCUGGCACUAGUGUUACCCAACCAGGGCCACCGAGACCCAGCACAGGCCCUGGGGUAGAUGAUCUCUCCGGCCCCUUGUAAUUGUAAUUGAAAAUUAUUUUCCCAGUAUAUAAUAAUAUGCCUACAAUGUGAUUGUCAAUAUCUACAUUUCAUUCAGUAACGUAAUAUAGACUUCAAACAUUAGGACAAGUACAGUAGAAAUUAACUACAUCACUACUUGACUAUAGAGAUGUUUACACAUUAGUGGUUAGUAAAUGAUAGAAAAAAAAAUCCCCAGAGUGAGGAAUGCUACAACCUUUCUUUAAAAAGAAAAGAAAGAAGGGAAACAAAUCCACUGAAAACAAAUCCACUGACCAAGGUUAGGCCCCUUUCACAGCCACAGACCCAGAUACACCAGACCCACCUGUUCGCACCUCUCGUCAGGACUGUACCCAACAUCUCCAUCUGACUGGGUUUUAUGAUGUUUGAUUUAUUUUUAUGUGUUUGUUCAGUUACAGAAAUUUUUUGUGCACUGAAAGGCUAAAAUGUAAUAUUCAUGAGGGUAGUGAAAUCAAACAUGUAAUAUAUAUUAAAGGAGUGUUUCAUUUUCAAUAUAUGUAACUGUGCAUUUGAAAAUCAGUGACAUGCUGAGAUGGGUUGUACACAAUAUAGAUUCAAUAAUAUUGAAGCAAUAUUCAGGAUAUUGGCUUGGGAGUUUUGGGAUAGGAUGAAAGAUAUUUUCUUUGUCUAAGGAAUACUAAUAGUCCUUUAGCAUCCAGAAGCAUGCAGUAUGCAUGUUAUUUUCUUUUAAUUUCUAAUUAUGAGAUAAACCUUUGCUUUUAAACUUGGGUUUCUUGACAAUAAUUAAUUAUCAGAAAUAUAAUUUACGAAGUUUGGGAAUGUCUAAUUUUUGCUUAUUCGAACUUUUUUAGCAAAGAAGAUGGUUAUAAUUCUGUAAAACAGACCAGUUUUUAUGGUCACCUAUUGCAGUUUGUGACAAUUACUGGUUUUUCAUGUUGAUGUCAGGUGUACUUGUAGUUUCUGCAUGCUUUAUUUUAUACUUCAUCUGUUUGCAGUACAGUUACAGUUUUAAAUCAGUCCCUAACUCAUCUAUUUCUAAUAAUUUUAUAAGCAUUGAAAAAUCUAGACUCAUGCCCAACUCUCCCGUAUUCUUGUAUGAGCUCAUCUUCCUCGACCACAUCACUUAUUUCACUUGUUAAAUGAACCGGCAAUGCCUGAUAUUAUGUAUACUUAAUUUUUGUUGCAAUGGGGCAACACUGUACAUCAAUGUAGCUGUGCGUGGAUGUAGAGUCUGCUGAGACCCAGCUUUUAUAAUUACCUUUAGUUGAAGAAACUGUUACUUUUGGAAGUAAUCAUACCAUGGACGUGUAUUUAAGUAUUUAAGGGGAUAUAAGUUCGUGAUCAUACUGUUAUUUACAUGUCUCUUAACAGAUAUACUUGUUACAUUAUUUUUCGCAUGAUUAGUCAUUUUAUUGAAUGUGCCAGAGAAUACAGGAGUUAACAUUUGCAAUCUUUAUCUAUUCUAUAAUAAGCGAAACGGUUGAAGAUUAUUAAUGCAUUUAUCAAGCUAAAAGACAAACUCUUAUAAUUACCCGUUAUUUUGAGCAGUAAGAGUUUUAAAUGAUAAUCUACUGUGUUUAUAUAAGAGACAGGCAAAACUGUCUUGCCAUGAGAAGAUUUGCUGUGUUAUCUUCAUACAGGUCAUCAAUUAUUAAUAAUUUGUUUAAAUUUGUUGUUAUUCAAUUCUCUUAUCAUUUCAUUUACUUGGCUUUUGUUACCAGAACAUGUCAAUAAGAUAUUUAGAUAAUACAGACCAUUUAAACAGUAGCAUGUGAUGAAACUGAUGACUGGCUUUGGUGGCUUGGUUUGAGUGAAAGACUCAGUUUUAUGCAACAAUUAAAAUAACUCUUGGGUGAGGUGUCUUCUUUUUACUACAGUUUAUUGUUUACUUAGGUUAAAAAAAUGAGGACAUCAUUGGCUAUCUUCAUGGUACAAUUCAGUUCUUUGUUUCUUAUGUUUGUAGUUGUUAUGCUGCUUUUUCAAUGCCAAGGAUAUGUGUAUCAAGACUUGUAGAUCCACCUUUUAAAACUGGAGUAAGCCAGUGGAAACAAAAAUCUGAUAAUUGUAGAGAAGACAAAAUUACACAAUGACUCUUGCAGGUGAUGUGAGUUAGAUGAGUUUAAAACAGUGUGAACACUGUGGUGGUGGACGCCACUUGUCCUGCUAGAAUAUAUGCUUGGUGUCCCUUGUGAUAGAGACUGCGCAAUGAAGCAGCAAUAAUAAAUGAGUUAUAUUUUACAAACAAA